GGCGGGGCCGUGGAGACUUCCGGUCCAUGCUGAUUCUCUCUGAGGCACAACGUGUUCAGCGUCCGAUCUUCUCCUCCCCGAACCGGGUCACCGACACCCGACAUCACCCGACACAGGCAACAUGAAGAGGAAGGACGAGGCCGGAGGGGCGGAGACGGCGGAGCCUCUGAUCGGUGAGGAGGUCGGAGGUCGCAGUGAUGAGUUGGAUGUGACGGACAGCGAGGAGAGCGUGUUCUCUGGUCUGGAGGAUUCUGGGAGUGAGAGCAGCGAGGAGGAUAAAGAUGAUGACGAGGAGGAGAGCUCGGGGCAGAAGACGGAUAAGACGACUGAACAUGAAGAUGAAUAUGUCCAGGAUUCCUCUGAUGAAGAGGACAUCCGGAACACGGUGGGGAACAUCCCUAUGGAGUGGUACAAGGAUUUCCCGCACAUCGGUUAUGACCUGGAUGGUAAGAAGAUUUUCAAGCCUCUGAAGACGAAGGACCAGCUGGAGGAAUUCCUGGACAAGAUGGAGAAUCCUGAUUAUUGGAGAACCGUUCAUGAUAAGAAAACCGGACAGGACAUUAAACUGACCGAUGACCAGGUGGACCUGGUGGAGCGGAUUCAACGCGGGCAGUUUGGGGACACCAAGUAUGACCCUUAUGAGCCGUCUGUGGAUUUCUUCACCCAUGAGACCAUGAUCCACCCCGUCACCAACCGGCCCGCCGACAAACGCAGCUUCAUCCCGUCCCUGAUCGAGAAGGAAAAGGGAUGA